AUGGGCAUGCUCCUCAUCUCCAAGAUCCACGAGGAGUACCCGGACCAGAUGAUCCUCACCUUCUCUGUCUUCCCCUCGCCCAAGGUCUCCAACACCAUAGUGGGGCCCUAUAACACCCCGCUGUCCAUGCACCAGCUCAUGGAGAACGCUAACAAGUGCAUGGUACUCGACAAUGAGGUGCUCUAUGACAUCUGCUUCUGCAUGCUAAAGCUCACGACGUCGAGCUUCGGUGACCUCAACCACCUCAUCUCCGCCACCAUGAGCGGUGUCACCUGCUGCCUCCACUUCUCGGGCCAGCUCAACUCCGACCUCCGCAAGCUAGCCGUCAACCUCAUCCCGUUCCCACGCCUGCACUUCUUCAUGAUUGGCUUCACGUCGCUCUCUCAGGGCUCCCAACAGUACCGUGCCCUAACGGUGUCAGAGUUCACCUAG